UAUAUAUAUAUAUAGACACACACUCAAAUCUUGAAUAGCCCCCUCUUCAUGUAGCUGUGUUUUUCAAAUACUCAUGCAUUUGAGGUAUUCAAGUUAAAAUAGAAUGGAAAGAUAUGAAAUUCUGAAAGAAAUUGGUUCUGGUAAUUUUGGUGUAGCUAAGCUGGUAAAAGAUAAGUGGACAGGUGAACUUUAUGCUGUCAAGUUUAUUGAGAGAUGCAAAAAGAUUGAUGAGCAUGUCCAGAGAGAAAUCAUGAAUCAUAGGUCUUUGAGGCAUCCCAAUAUCAUUAAAUUCAAGGAGGUAUUUCUUACCCCAACUCAUUUAGCCAUAGUGAUGGAAUAUGCUGCAGGAGGAGAGCUUUUUGAAAGAAUAUGUAAUGCUGGUAGAUUCAGUGAAGAUGAGGCAAGGUUUUUCUUUCAACAGCUUAUAUCAGGAGUCAGUUACUGUCACUCAAUGCAAAUUUGUCAUAGAGAUCUCAAACUUGAAAAUGCGCUCUUAGAUGGGAGCUCAACACCGCGUCUCAAAAUAUGUGACUUUGGCUACUCCAAGUCAUCAGUCUUGCAUUCUCAACCCAAAUCUACAGUAGGAACUCCAGCUUAUAUCGCACCAGAAGUCUUAUCAAAAAAAGAGUAUGAUGGGAAGACAGCAGAUGUUUGGUCUUGUGGGGUUACAUUAUAUGUGAUGCUAGUUGGUGCUUAUCCCUUUGAAGAUCCUGAUGAUCCAAGAAAUUUCAGGAAAACAUUAACCAGAAUAUUGAGUGUUCAAUAUUCAAUCCCUUAUUACGUUCGAGUUUCAAAGGAGUGUAAACAUCUUUUAUCUCAAAUAUUUGUAGCUGAUCCUGAGAAGAGAAUAACUAUGGAAGAGAUUAAAAAGCAUCCUUGGUUUCUAAAGGACUUGCCUAUAGAAUUUAUGGAAGGAGAGGAAGCUAGUUUACAAACAAAUGAAGAAAAUGAACCAUCUCAAAGUAUUGAAGAAGUUUUAGCUAUAAUUCAAGAGGCAAGAAAACCAGGAGAGGGGCUCAAAGAUGGCAACUUAUAUGUUAAGGGAAGUAGUAGCAUUGAUCUUGAUGACUUAGAUAUUGAUGCUGAUAUAGAUGAUGAGAUAGAUACAAGUGGAGAUUUUGUCUGUGCAUUAUGAGUGCUACUUUCGUACGAUAGAUUCAACGUGGUUCGGCUCUUUCCUGAAUUUUGCUUAAAGCACGAGCUUUGUGCAUCGAACUACCCCUGUCUUCAAAGGCAACGACAUUGCUGAAAAGUAAAAGCUAUGAUGAGAGGAUCCUUCCUUAGCCAUGGAAAUGAAAAUGAUCUUUUCUCCGCGGCUAUUAGCCAUAUUUAAGUGAUAUCAUAUAUGUAUUCUUACUUUAAUUUGCAACUGCUAAGGUUAAAUUUCUUGAAUCAGUAAAAAUGCUGGUCGCCUGUAAGUAUUUACCAUCAUGUAUGACCCUUUGUGUUCCAUAUAACUCUUUUUGUAAUUGUAAAUAAAUACUACAAGUUGUUGUAAUGUUAUGAAACAUAAGUACUUUGUUACGUUGAUA